GUGAUCAGACGUAGUCCUUUUUACAUUGGGUGAUCAAAAUUGGUCCAUCUUCCCUUUUUUGCUUAGAGUUUCAUCACAGCUUCGUAAUAUGCCUAAUGGUUCUAAUCAAAAUGGUCCUGGUCUAGAGCAGCAGUUUGCUGGGCUGGACAUAAAUGGCCCUGUUCGCAAUCAAGACUAUGAUGGACAGCAUGGUGGCUUUGCAGGUGGUGGUCGUUACGUCCCUCCACAUCUUCGUGGGGGUGGUAUGCCCAACUUGAGUCAGCCCCCUCCUGGGCAUCCCAAUGCAUCUUUGCCCCCACAAGGUAAUUGGGGAAAUUCCGGGGGCAGAGGGCCACCACCUCGUGACGGAGGAAGGUGGUUCGCAGGAAAUGAUCGUGUAGCCCUUGACAAGGGGGGUAACUACAAUAGUGAUCGUGGAGGUAGCUACAAUGAUCGUGGCAACUACAACAGUGAUAGAGGAGGCAGCUACAAUGAUAGAGGAGGUUAUAACAACAGUCGAGGUGGAAGUGCUGGUGUAAGAAGUGGUUACAAUGAUCGAGAUAAUAGAGGAGGUUAUGAGAGACGAGGUGGUGGAAAUCAAGGAUUUAGUCGUGGUGGAGGCAACAAUGCUGGAGCUUACCAAUACAAUGACAAAGGUGGCAAUGAAAGGUGGAAUAGGCAAGGAAGUGCUCCCCCACCUCCUCCUCCAGGUGGUGGUGGUAACAGGUGGGAUGUACUACUAGAAGAUCGUGAUAGAGAACGUCGUAUGGGUGGACAAGGGUACAAUCGCUGGGAUAACAGGGAAGAAAAUAAUGGCAAUGACAACAGACAGGAGGAUUGGUCUAUCCCACUUCCCAGAAAUGAGAGAUUAGAGCAUGAAUUGUUUGGAGCAGGAAAUACUGGAAUCAAUUUUGAUAAGUAUGAAGAUAUUCCAGUUGAGGCAAGCGGUGACAAUUGUCCAAAGCACAUUGAAAAUUUUGAAGACUGUAACAUGGGAGAAAUUGUCCGCAAUAACAUUGCACUCAGCAAAUACAGCAAGCCAACCCCUGUUCAGAAGUUUGCUAUUCCAAUCAUUUUGGGGAAAAGAGAUCUUAUGGCUUGUGCUCAGACAGGUUCUGGAAAAACCGCUGCAUUCCUUGUUCCUAUUCUCAAUCAAAUUUAUGAAAUGGGACCUGGAGAGUCUGGCAAUCAACCUGGGGGUCGUCAGUAUGGUAGACGAAAAAUGUUUCCUAUUGCUCUUGUUCUUGCACCUACUAGAGAAUUAGCAUCACAGAUUUACGAUGAAGCCAGAAAGUUUGCAUAUAGAUCCAGAGUUCGGCCAUGUGUAGUGUAUGGUGGAGCAGAUAUAGGUGCACAAAUGCGUGACUUGGACAAAGGAUGUCAUUUAUUAGUUGCUACACCUGGUCGUCUUGUCGACAUGAUGGAGAGAGGAAAAGUGGGACUUGAUCAUUGCAAGUUUCUAGUACUUGAUGAGGCAGAUAGAAUGUUAGACAUGGGUUUUGAACCACAGAUCCGUCGCAUAGUUGAAAAAGACAAUAUGCCCCCAUGUGGAAAGAGACAAACUAAUAUGUUCUCUGCCACUUUCCCAAAAGAAAUUCAGGUACUUGCUCGGGAUUUCUUGGAAAAUUACAUUUUCCUUGCUGUUGGCCGUGUUGGAAGUACCAGUGAGAAUAUAACUCAGAAAGUUGUCUGGGUUGAAGAACAGGAAAAACGCUCUUUCCUGUUGGAUCUAUUGAAUGCUGCAGGUGGAAGUGGUGCAGGGUCUCCAAGACCGGAAUCCCUGACUUUGGUUUUUGUUGAAACCAAGAAAGGUGCUGAUGCCCUGGAGGAUUUCCUGUUACGAGAAGGAUAUCCAGCAACUAGCAUUCAUGGUGACAGAUCACAGAGGGAACGUGAAGAUGCCUUAAGAAUCUUUAAGUGUGGAGAAAGACCUAUUUUGGUUGCAACUGCUGUUGCAGCCAGAGGAUUAGAUAUUUCUAAUGUGAGACAUGUAAUCAACUUUGAUCUACCUAGUGACAUUGAAGAAUACGUUCACCGUAUUGGUCGUACUGGCAGAGUCGGAAAUUUAGGUUUGGCUACAUCUUUCUUCAAUGAGAAAAACAAAAACAUAGUCCGUGAUCUUCUUGAUCUCCUGACUGAAUCUAAUCAAGAAAUUCCCCCAUGGCUAGAAUCUAUGUCUGUAGAUGUUCGAUCAGUGGGAAUGAGCAGACGUGGUGGUGGUUCUGUCAGAAGAUUUGGAACUGGUGGUGGUUUUGGUGGCAGAGAUUAUCGUCAGCAGGCUAAACCAAUGAAGCCAAAUUUCCCACCAGGCGGUGGCAGUGGAUUUAAUGGACAGCAGCCAUUUAAUAACCACUUCACACCCAACUUCCCUCCACCUCAGUACAACAACUAUGGAGGAAGCUAUGGAGGAACUUACUCUGCUCCAGCAAAUGAUUGGUGGGGAAACUAAAGUCUGUGGCAUUUCUGCAUUAAUCUUUAAAGCAAUUACCAAUGGCAAGUGAAGUUGGAUUACUUUCAAUCAGUCAAUUUUAAAAGUUUUAUUUCCCUAAUUUUUAAAGCUACUUCUUCAAUAGAUCAUGUUAGUGACACCAGCUAUUUUUACUAGCCACUUUAUGCCUCUUCACUUGCCAUGGCUAUUACUAAAGAGACUGCUGCUUUUGCCAUUUGCUUGGUCUCUUCACUGCAUGUUGUGUAGCUAUCAUGAUGUAGUAGACUUGAUUGUUCUUUAAUAUUACAUGUUCUAGGGAAACAUGCGGCAAGGACCAGAGGUGUUAUACGAAGCUUUGUUCAAACUCUGAAUCAUCUUUUUUUUUAAAUAGGUUAUAUUGUAUAUAACUAUACAUUUAUAAAUAUGCUUAUACAUGUAUACUUAUAUACAAUGUAAGUACAUGUGUGUGUAUAUUUAUGCACUUAAUGUGCACAUGUAUGCAGACAAAUGUAUAUUGGAGUAAAUAUUUGUAUAAAGAAUUUAAAACAUCAUCCCAAUAUUAAUUGAAAAGGACACAUUAAAAUUUGGUUGCAUAUGUCAACAAGCAUCAAACUUUCACCCAAGUUUCAUUUUUUUAAAUUUACUUUUAUAUUUUUUUAUAAACGUUUUUUUUUUUCAUUAUUUGCUUUAGUGAAAACUAGAGCAAAGCUUGAAACAAAAAGAAAGGGGGAUAAGUUCUCUGUAACUUUUCUUACUUUUAAAGACAGAAGAUGAAACCAAGUUCUUUCGAUGCAAUUCAAAAACUUUUUUGCAUCGUUAUGAAAAUGUAACAGAUCUAUGAUUGUUAAGGACCAGUUUCUAAAAAAGUACUUAAAACAGCUUUUUUAUUACCAUGCCAUUUACAAAAUGUUGAUUGUACUAAUUUAAAAAAAACAAAAAAACAUGGUAUUAAAAAAAAUUAUGUUUUAUACUUUUGUAACAUGCAAUGCGUAACAAUUGCUUUUUUAUCCACAUAAAACAAUAUUCUGCCACAAAGAGUAGAUCAGAAGCAUCAACCUAACUUGAUGUGAAUAUUAUAAAAUGCUACUGAACAAAAAAACUAAUUUAGUGGUUGAGCAUUUGUUACUGCAUUGCUAUUCGUGCACUGUCAUAUAUUUAAACAGCUAUAAUGGCACGUGUUUACUUAGUUUUUGUGCGGAUAACCUAAGCACCUCCAGUAUGCUUUUAUAGAUCGCCAAAAACUUUAAAACCAUGGCUGAUAUUUCAGCUAUAUUGGGUAUUGGGCCCAAACCAAAUGUUUUUUUUUCCAUUAAGGUCUUUUAUUGUCCAGUCGUAAAAAGUAAGUCAACUUUUUUUAAAUAAAAAAAUCCCAUAAUUGCUUCACAUGGUAUGUAUUUUUUGGUGCCUUUAACAAUGUAGAUAAUGUUUUUUUUUUACAAGCAGUAUUCAGCCACAUAAAAGAUAAAAUAAAUUACUGCUUAUAAACCGGUGCAUUUUGCCAAUAUUUGUGCAAAAAUAGAAUAAACAUUCACGUGUUGACUAUACACUAGUACAUAUAUGAAAAGGAACUUUUUAUAUAGACUAAAUGAUUAAUGUAAUGGCAGCGUGGUGUUUGGUUAAUCAGACAUCUGGUCGCUGCAUGCCACCAAAUACUUGUUUUUAAGUUUUGGCACUUAAUGUGAAGCAAUGUAGUUUGGGGUGUUAUCUAUAAAGUUUUGUCCCUUCUGAUUUAUAUCACUGAACUUGAAAAGCUGGCCAUUCUAUUUAAGCUCCAAGGGCAGCAUAUUGUAGAGAAUCUCUUUUUUUAUAAAGGAAAUUAUUCAUUCCUAUUCAAGUUGGGAGUAGCAUUGGACUAAAACAAUUCAUUGCUUGCUCUCCACUUUAAAAAAUUAUUAUAAUAGGGCCCAAUGUCCAAUUACAUUGCAAAAUCCUGUUAGAUGAUAAAAAGAAAUCUGAUUUACACUAUGUAUGAGAACUGAGGUUUCAUCUGAAUACGAGCUUUUGAUUGUUAAUCAACUAUAGAAAGUUUACUUCAAGCUUUUUACUUUUUGCCCUAUAAGUCUAGGAGUUGCACAUUAGUUUCUAUAAUUGGGGACUUGUGUCAUUUAAUUGUUUUUUGAAUCUGAUAUUUUUAAGUAGUUUUUCUGUAAUGAGACUUUAAAGUUAUCAGAAAAAUGGGGUGUUUUUUUUUUUGUGUUUGUUUAAAAUAAACGCAAAAACAUGUGAAGCACUGCAUUCCAAUAAAUACAUUAAUAGCCUUUGCUAACUGAUGUAUAUAACCAAUUUUUCAAUAAAAAUCCAGCCUUGUCAAAGCUGGCAUUUGACACAAAUUUUUGAGUGUUUAAAAUUUGGACAUGGUAAAUCUGCAGCCAGACUAUUGUGCAGUUUUAUAUUUUAAAUUGUAAUGCGAAUGAGUAAUCUAUGCUAAUGAGGUAAAUGUCUCCCAAUAUAAUGUGCAAUCUCUUAUGCUUUUGUUGUCUUGGUCCUUGUAAUUGGUGUGAGAGUUUGUUGACAUACAUUUUAAGAUGUCUUGACAUGUGGCUAGUAAACUUGUUGCAGAUAUAAAAGGCAAGUUUUUUCAACACUUGUCAGCAAAAUAUUUGAUAUUACAAGUUUUUAUUUCAUUUGCUAAUGUUGAGACCAAUGUUUGUUUUACUGAAAAAGCAGGACUUUUCCAUCAUUAAAUUGUUCUGUCAAGGGUUAAUUCCAGAGAAUACCAAGUUUUCAAUUUUUUUUAAGUGUCUGAGUUACAAUACAAAGGGGUUUAUUAUUAAAAUCAGAGUUAGAACAAAUUAUAAUGGGUGUAAUUAUUUGGCUUAUCUACAGCCAUGUUCUUUUUUCAUUUACAUUCAAAUCCUAGUCACCAAAUUGUUUUCUGUAGACUAUCAAUUUGCACUUUUUUUUUUUCCAGUUUACUUAAAACUGAAAGUAACAAUAUAACACCUUUUUAUGGUUGCUUUCAUUAUUAUAAUUGAUGGUGUCAUUUUUAAAAAUCAAAUGAUGUGCUUAAACAGUUACAUUAUUGUAAACUACCUAAAUAAAAUCUGAUUGCAUAUCUGGUUCAGAGCCGAAUGUUGCCCUGUAAUUUACGUUGAUAUCUCUUUUCUUAUGAGUAUUGGGUUAAGAUUUUCUUGUUGGCUAUUUUUUCCAUGUUUUUUUUUAUCACUUUUCAAAGUUGUCUUUUUUUUUUGUUAUGUAUUUUGUCAGACUGAUUCAGACAUGCUUAUUGAUUGUGAUGUUUAAUAAGGAAAUAACGAAAUUUUAGCCAGGCUGCCAAAUUCAAGCUGUCAGCUUUUAUAAAAAGAUAGGAUUUGUUUAUCUUGUGAAAUGAACCAAACUCGUGAGAUUGAUUUUUAUGACUUUUUCAAUUGACUUCCAGUGCCAGUCCAUGUAUAUCCUAUAGACAUCUAUUGUUGACAUGUGAAUGUAUGUAUUAUUUUACAGUUAAGUUUGCCUGCAUUCACAUCAAGAUCUGAGUUAAAUUUUGUUAAAAGUUUUAAUGAACAUUGAAUUUUAUAUAUUUUUUUUUCCUCAAAAUUUGAAAUGAUAAAAAGGGUUAGUUUUUUAAAUCAAAAUUUAUCUUUCAGUUUAGUAAAAUACUGACAUUGUUUAAUUUUGGUUAGUAAAUAGUUUUUUUAUAAUUGUGGUCAAUUUAUGCUGUAAUAGGACCUUUUUAAAGUAAACUGUUGUUGCAAAAUAGCGUUGACAUCCAAUUAUUGUAAUUUUUUGUUUAUUCGAUUAUAAAUUACUAUAACCCAGCAACAAAAAUAAGACUUAUCUAAAGUUUUUUUCUACCAUUACUAAAAAUGUUUCAUUGGGUUAUUAAAUAUUUAAUAAAUUUGUUUUAAAUUUAUUAAAAAACAGCAAUUUAUUGAAGCUGAAUUAAAAAUGUUUUAUGUAGUAGUCUGAUGUUAUUCAUAAUGAUGGCAUUGUUUCUGUUUAAGGGACCUUGUCACUUAUGUCUAUUAAUAGUAUCUCAUUGAGGGUACGCAUAUAUGUAUAGCAGGGGAAAUGGAAGAGGGGCUGCUACUGUGAACAUUUAAAGUUACACAUUACCUGAAAACAGUGUGAAGGUAUUAUUUGUUCAAAGCUUGCCUCUAAACCUCUACUCCUUCUGAUGGUUUUUUUUUUGUUUUUUUUUUUUGGGAGGUUAAUUUAAAUUUCAGGUAAAGGUUUUAAACUUUCUUACCCAUAUUUUGGAUAACGAUUUUUUUAGUGAAAAUGUAUAAUAAAAACCAUCAGUAAGAAGAAUUUUGUUUAGUUGUUGCAGCACCUCACAUCUGUAGCUCUUGCAUGCCUUUAUGCGAUAGCAUGUAUGAUCAGACUUUCCCAUCUCCAGUCUGUCUGAUAACUACUAUUUGCAUUUGUCAAUAUUUUGUAUGUAUGACUUUUAAUCCAGGGGAACUAAAUGUUCAAAGAUGGAUAUAGUUUCCAGCAGUUUUUGUAGAGCAAUGUUCUUAGUACCAAUAUAUGUAACCUUGGAAGGUGUAGUUGGUAAGAUAAGAAAAAAUUACACUGGAAAUAUUUCAAAGUGAAUUUGACUAAAAGCAUGAUCACAAUGUUAUGGUUUCCAAUUAAUUUGUUUUGGGUGUUAUUUUUUUUUUUAAACAAAUUUAACAACUAGCAUACUAUCUUUGUAUUAAGAAAUGAUGGCCAGUUAAGUGAAUAUUUUUUUUUUUUUUUAGGAGUGAACAUUCUACUUUACUGAUAUUUAGUUCCGAUUAUUUGCUAUACAAAAAUAUUUAACUGUUGGUUUGGGUUUUUAAAAAAAGCAUCAAAUGAAACAGUCAAAUAUUAGAAAUAUCCGUGACUUUUCCAUCAGUGCAUUUCAGUUUUUUUAAAUCUUGGCACAUUUUUUGUGUGCUCAGUUUCCAUACCUAAAAUUAUUUUGUCCUUUUAUUAAGCUAAUUUAGAUAACAAAAUAUUUGAAUCUUUAUGGAUUUAAAAAAUGAGUAGUGUACUAGAACUAGAAUAUCAGUUUGAAAUUUGCUUAAAAUAUUGGGUAUGGAUUUUUAGAUUAAAUGUUACGUAUAUUAAACCAACAAGAUGGUUUAACGUCAGUAAAUCUGUCUCAUAGACAGUGUAUUUGAUUUCAAUCAUCAUUAAAAUGCAUUAUAUUAAUGACAGUGAAAUGCAGAUUUUUAGUUUUUUUCUCUGGUUUUAUUAUUUUGCUCUCAAUUUUCAGUUUUUUUUAAAAUGGUCAUUAAAUUACAUAUCAAGAAGUGUGCUACAAUGGAAACUUUAUUUUUUUUUCCAAAAAAAAAAAACAUCUAGUAAAACAUGUUUUUAGCAAAGCAUGUUUAAAAAUCAGAGACUUACCAAAUGUUUGAUUUCAAAUGUAUUAAACCAUGUUCAAUUGGAUAUUUCUAUUGCAGCUAAUAGAAAUGCAGUACACAUAGGUUUUUUGGCUUGAAAAGGUUAAAAAUUUUAAGUGAAAGAAUAUUAAAAUGCUGAACAUAGAGAUCCAAAAUGCUAUUAUAAAACAUAAAAACUUUGUUGACUAGUUUUGAUUUUAAUCUUAUUAACCUGUUAUGUGAAGUAUGUUUCAUAAAAUUUUAAAAAAAUCCUUGUGAAAGGUCAACAAGAUUGCUGUUCUCAACUUGUUCAUCAUUUGAGCAUGCACAUUUAGCAUUCUGUUUUCUGAAACUAUUUUUCCCCCCAAUGGGGCAAUACUUUAAUUUUAUAAUUUUUAUUUUCAUUGUUUAAGCUUACAGCUUGUGAAGACAAUCUUGCAUACAACUUGUUUAUGUCAGGGUAGAACAGUAGAUGUCUGUAUCAAUGAAUUCGUAAUAUAGACAUUCCAUUAAAUCUAGGGAUUCCUUUGUAGUGAGUUAUUGACCCUAAACAUUUUUGGAAUAAUGUUGUGUAAAACUUCUACAUUGGAUGUUUUUCAAUGAAAAAGUUAUGAAAGUUCUUGUCAUAUUUUUUUUUAAGUAAACAGGUAAACUCCCAUCUACCUUUGUCAUGGUUUAACACCAGGAUUAUUAGGUGUGCAUAUUUUUUUAAAUGUUUGUUUAAACAUGUUGUGUUGCUUAUAGUAAACAAUACAAUCAUGGUGUUACAGCAACUGUGGUAUUGAUGAGGUCAUUACAUUUGAUACUUCUUUAUUGAAAGCCAGCUGUCAACUGCUAGCAUUUUUAAAUGAAGUAUCUUUUUUUUUCAAAGAUUUUUAAAAAUUAUUAGUAGCCUGGCAUGCUUUGACUUAUUGAACUAAGGUCAUUUCCAAAAUGUACUUGGAAAUAUUCUGAAUUAAUGUUUUUUCUAUUGAUGUUAAGUUUUUAAGGAAGUGAAGAAAACUAAUGAUCAGGAAGCAUUGUCUUCUUUAAAAUUAAAACAGUCUGAAUGACAUGAUCUUGGUCUUUAUUUUUAUUUCUUGUGGUCAGCAGAAUACUUUAUAUGGGUUUAGCAUGUUUUAAUAGUCUAAAUAAAUUCAGACAAUAAAAAGUUUAAUUUUGACCUUAGUCUAACACCAUUUGGUUUUUUUCAAUGUGAGGGACAAUUUAAAACCUCCCUGUCAAGUAGUCAAAGACCAGGUUAUUAAAGCCAAUAUUCUUCAAACCUCAUUGGUGCUAUGGUAACAGUAACUGGUCGUCUUGUAUCACUUCUUGGUGGAAAUGGCAGUGCGCAUAAAGUAAGUUCAUUAAAAAUGAGUUUGCUUACAGAAAUAUUAAAAUGCCAAUUUUGCUGGA